AUGAAACGUUCAUCAACAUCAGAAUCGACCAAUUCAUCAUUAACAUCACCACCAGCACAGGUGGUACCCAAGUCAGAAUCUCAUACAGAAUCAUUUGAUGAAAUUGAUCGUUUAUUGAUGGAUAUGAAUAAAGGUAAUAAUAACAUUUUUCAUGAAAACGAUGAUUUAAAUGAAAUAGAAGAUAUGUUAUUUGGAACAUUACCCAUUGAUGAUUGGUUGACAAUUGAAAAUAUUCGAUCAAUAUUUGUAUCAAAUUUUCAAAAUAAUCAGCCACAGAGUAAUAAUAAUAAUAAUAAUAAUGAUGUAACUGAUCCAGAUUCUGCUCUUGUUGUAUGGUCACAUUGGGCCAGUAAGAUAGGUUUACAACUUAUUAAUUUUUUUGGUCAAAUCGAUGAAUUCGAAAAACUGGAUGUUGAUGACCGAUUUAUUCUGAUUAAAUUUAAUAUGUUUUCAUUAUUUCCAAUAUUUAAAUGUUAUCUUUAUAAAACAGCAGAUGAAUAUUAUUUAUCCGAAAAGAACAAAUGUGAACAAAGGCAUUGUAGGCCUUUGCAAUCAUGUAGCUCCAAAGAGCGUAUUCACGAAAAUUUCCAAAAUAUAAUGCUUUCACUUUUCCCAAUGACUGAACAAGAUCCAGUAUUAUUUUCCCUUGUUAUGUUAAUUUUAAUUUUUACUCAAGGUUUAGCAAUGAAUGAAAAUCAACCACCAUUAAAAGAUGAAUUAGCUGUUCAUCGAGCACAGAAUCAUUAUAUAAAGUUACUUUGGAAUUAUCUAAUUAAUAAAAAGGGUGAAACAUAUACUUACAAAUACUUUAAUGAAUUAUUACUUAUAAUAUUUCGAAUGCAGAUAGUGUCGAAAGAAAGUCGGGACUAUUUUCGUCAACAAAUGCUAGCCUCAAAUGCGAUGGAUAAAAUGGCACCACUUAUGCAAACAUUCUUAAAUAUCUCGUAA